AUGGGAGGUAUGAGACCUCCCAACAAUAUGGCACCUUACCCAAGGCCACAGGGAUAUAACAAUCAGAAUCAGCAGCAGGGGUAUCACCCUCCUCUACAGCAGGGGAAUCACCCUCCUCAGCAGCAGCAUGGUAGACAACAGGAAGAUGGGUUUUCUAGACUUGAGAUGGGCCAAAUUUCGAUGUCUCUGAACAAUUGUCCUCAUGGGACAUUACCUGCUGAUACCCAGAUAAAUCCAAAAUAUCAAGGCUCGAAGCAGCUGAUGGCAGUGAGUCUACGUAAUGGCAGAGAUUUAGAUGUAGAGCAAGAGAGGGCUAGAGAAACCAGACAGGCUGAGACACUCAUACCAGUGCCCAUUGAGCUAGAUGAGUCAACGAAACUGACAGAGGAACCAGUCGUUGAGGUGGCAGCUGACAAAGAUCAAUCCCAAAUCAUUGGAAAAAAGAGACAUCCUGCAUCAUUUCCUCAGAGUGCAGUGGUGACUAGACCAAUUGCGGAAAAGUUGUCUAACCCAAGGAGCUUUACAAUUCUAUGCACUAUUGGUAAUUUUGCUUUUGCUAAGGCACUGUGCGAUCUAGGGGCCAGCAUAAAUCUUAUGCCCCUGGCAGUUUAUAAGAGGCUGGGGAUUAGAAGAGCUAGACCCACCUCCAUGUUGUUGCAGCUGGCUAACAGGACUGUAAAAAGACCCUCUGGAAUCCUGGACGAUGUGUUGAUUCAAGUAGGGAAAUUUGUGUUCCCUGUAGAUUUUGUGAUCUUAGACUGCAAAAGAAAUUCCUCCAGCCAAGCCAUCCAUCGAAGAGCCACCAAAGCUGGAGUUAAAGCUACUGCCUGCCCAUCUCAG